AUGGCGACUAUGGCGGCAGAGCAGCAGCCGUUGCUGGUGGAGGACCCUCUCUGCGAGGAAGACCUAUCGAAGCACCUGCUCGACUUUGAUCCCAACGGCGACUCUGACAACCCCAGAGAGUGGCCGACGCCCUUCAAGUGGACCAUUGUCGGCCUGCUGGCCCUCACGGCCUUCACUGUGACCUUCACCUGCAUCUCAGUCGUGCCCGUCGCCGCGCGCAUCAUAGAAGACCUGGACCAUAAUGAAGGCACAAACUCCCCCGCGAGCGCCCUGCUCGUCACCAUCUGGGAGCUGGGCGAGGCCGCGGGGCCCCUCCUGAUCGCGCCGCUGUCCGAGAUCUACGGCCGCUACCCCGUCAUGAACGCCGCCAACAUCCUCUUCAUCACCGCCACCGUCCUCGCCGCCCUCAGCGCCAGCACCCCGCUCCUCAUCGCCGCCCGCUGCCUCACCGGCCUCGCCGUCGCCUCCAACGUCCUGAACCCGGCCAUCAUCGGCGACAUGUUCCUCCCGGACAACCGCGGCUCCGCCAUGAGCAUGGUCUCCCUCGCGCCCCUCAUCGGCGGCGCCGUCGGCCCCAUGAUCAGCGGCGCCAUCGCCCAGACCCUCGGCUGGCGCCAGGUCCUCUGGAUGAGCGCCGGCCUGGCCGCCGUCUGCGAGCUGCUCUUCCUCACCUGCUUCCGGGAGACCUACAAGAUGACCAUCCUGAGGCGCCGCGCCGCCAAGCACGCCGACGAGCACGGCGCGCCCCUGCACCCGGCCGGCGUCGACGACCACAAGAGCAUGCUCAAGCUGUGGGAGUCCGUCAAGCGGCCGUUCCACGUGCUGUUCAAAUCCCACGUCUUGAUGGGGCUCUCUCUCUUUGGCUGCGUGACCUUCGCCUUCUUCUAUGUCAUGUCCAUCAGUUUGCCCGGCAUUCUGCAGGAUGUGUACGGGUUCUCGCCCGCCCUCACCGGUCUCUCGUUCAUGUCGUUCAGCGUCGGAUCCUUCAUCAGUGUCCUGGUCAGCAACUUCAGUCUGGACAGGAUCUACAUCAAGCUCCGCGGAAACGACCCUGUAGGACGCCCCGAGUACCGCCUCCCGCUCGUCAUCAUCGGCGCCUUCACCCUGCCUCUCUCCAUCACCGCGUACGGCUGGAUCGCACAGCUCCACCUGCCCGUCGGCUUCCUUCUGCUGUCGGUGGCAAUGCUCGGCUUCACCCUCCUGAUGGCCUCCCUGCCGCUCUCGGCCUACGUCGUCGACGCCGCCGGGCUGUACUCCGCUUCCGCGAUGACCGGCGUCAUCGUAACGCGGUGCCUCGCCGGCACCUUCCUGCCGCUAGCCAGCGGGCCGCUGGUGCAGACAUUCGGCUACGGUUGGGGUUUCACGAUGCUGGGGGCGUUCAGCAUGUGUUUGGCGCCCAUCCCGGUCGUCAUUAUGAGAUACGGCCACGUCUGGCGCCAAAAGUCCGAGUAUACGAGAGAUGCCUGA